UUGCAGGUGGGUGCUGGAUUAGAUGCAGGGCUAAGGGUAGGGGAGGAAGCCUGGGUAAUGGAAGGCUGGGGGGCCAAUGGAAUACUGGGAACCCUGGAAGGCCAGGUCUUGAAGGCCAGGUCUUGGGGAGAGUUAGGAGGUUGUGAAUUUGGACUUGGAUGCUUGUUGAAGUUGAUGCACCUUGGGGACAUUUGUGGGACACAUAGAUAGGGUCAGGGCUGAAAAAAGUGCUGGUUAUGACCCGGGUCAGGGAAUCUUGCCUAUAAUCCCAGCAACCCAGGAGGAUGAGACAGGAGGAACUCCUGAGGCCAAAAUUUCGAGGCCAGAAGUUUGAGACGAGCAUGGGCAACACGGCAAGACCUUGUCUCUAGAAAAGGAAAGAAAGAACGGCUGGUUGUGGAAGCCAGCCAUGGCCCAGAGCUCAGCAGUGUAGGAGGAGAUGGUGUGGGCCUGGGAGAGGCAGCAGGCUCAGCUGGAGAGGCAGAAGGAAAACCAAGGCAGGAGGGUGUCCUGUAAGCUGGGAGAAGGCAGAGUGCAAGCGAGGUUUACUUUCUGGCUGAGGGGCCUAUGGUGAGUCACUUUGGGAAGCUUGGUUUUCUCCUCUGUGAAAUGGGCUACACACCCACCCUUGCUCACCUCACCCACCUCACCCCGUCGACGUCGAGUGAGGAGCAGCUGUGAGAAGGAGGAAGCUUUGCAUGGACGUGAGGACGGCUCCGGGCACCUCUCCCCCGGGGACACCCCCGAGGAGAUGGAACCCCGAGGGCACGGCGUGGCGGCCUGUGCGGGCCGCUCGCGUUAGGACCCAGAGGCUCUGGGGCUGGAGGGCGGGCGCCAGCCCCGUCGGGGGCCCGGAGGGGGACUCGGAGCGGGCCAAGGGGCGGCUCCGGCGGGCGGCGGGCGGACUCGGAGCGGGCGGCGGAGUGACCCGGACAGCUGUCCUCUCUGACACCACUCCGGCCUGCCUCUUCGUUGCCAUGAGAGCUGCCUACCUCUUCCUGCUAUUCCUGCCUGCAGGCUUGCUGGCUCAGGGCCAGUACGACCUGGACCCGCUGCCACCGUUCCCUGACCACGUCCAGUACACCCACUAUAGCGACCAGAUCGACAACCCAGACUACUAUGAUUAUCAAGAGGUGACUCCUCGGCCCUCCGAGGAACAGUUCCAGUUCCAGUCCCAGCAGCAAGUCCAACAGGAAGUCAUCCCAGCCCCAACGCCAGAACCAGGAAAUGCGGAGGCGGAGCCCACAGAGCCUGGGCCUCUUGACUGCCGUGAGGAACAGUACCCGUGCACCCGCCUCUACUCCAUACACAAGCCGUGCAAACAGUGUAUCAACGAGGUCUGCUUCUACAGCCUCCGCCGUGUGUACGUCGUUAACAAGGAGAUCUGUGUCCGUACAGUGUGUGCCCACGAGGAGCUCCUCCGAGCUGACCUGUGUCGGGACAAGUUCUCCAAAUGUGGCGUGAUGGCCAGCAGCGGCCUGUGCCAAUCCGUGGCGGCCUCCUGUGCCAGGAGCUGUGGGGGCUGCUAGGGUGGUGCUGGCAUCCGGAGUUCUGGCCCUCCUGGGAUCUGGGGCCCUCGGGCCCUGCCUGACCUGGUGCUUUUUCCCCCAUCCCCAUGUUCCUUUUAUUCUGUAAAAAGUUAGUGGACUGCAGCCCUGGGGGUUGCAGGCUGCGGUGCCUCAGGCCACUCCUUCAGCCUGUGGCCACCUCUGGGGCAUGAUGGGGGCUCCCCACUGCCUAGUCUCUGCCCCUCAGGUUGGGGGGGGCAUCCCAGGCCUCUCUGUGGGACCUUGGCCCCUGACGGGCCUUCUCAGCCCCUUUUGAGGACAGACAGUCCCCACUUCACAGUCCCCUGAGGUAGGCUAUGUCCCCCCACCCCAGCUGGUCUGCUUGGAUUUCCUACAGCCCCCUGGGCAUGGACCACCUUUAUUUUAUACAAAAUUAAAAACAAGUUUUUACAAAA